AUGGUUGAGGAGCAAUUCCCCGAUACAACACUCCUGCGGAAGGAUAUCUAUAAUGCCCGUUCGUUCAUUAACCGAGAGAAGCUAAAUGGCUAUACACCUACUGCGGCAUUGAUCAAACUCUUUGAUGAGAAGAAGAUCCCAUACAUCGCGAAAUGGGCCGAUGAUGAUCCAGAUAGACUGCUUGGUCUUGUCUGGACCUUUCCGUACUGUCUACAGAUGUGGAAGCGCUUCCCCGAGGUUAUUAGCUUUGAUAACACAUAUAACACUAAUCGCUUCAAGCUUCCUUUAUUCCAGGCUACUGGCCAAACCUGUCUUGGAACUGUGUUCAAUGCUGCAUUUGGCUUAAUAGAUAACGAGAGGAGGGAGGGGUUCCAAUUCCUUGCAGAGAGUGUUCGCAAGCUCAUUACAAAACACUCACUCAGGGAACCAGAUGUCAUCAUCACAGACUUCGACAAGGCUAUGAAAGCUGCCGUUAAUGAUCAGUUUCCAAAUGCACAGCAACAGCUUUGUAUUCAUCAUAUCCUUUCAAACGUUUUGCUUAAAUCGAAGACUAGGUGGACGGGCCAACGUGAGGACAGUACUACUAGCCCUAGCGCUAGUGACAGUGAAGACAUUCCCUCACAGGCGGAUGGCGGGUUGAGCACUACAGAUAAGCAUCUGAUCGAAGAUCGGUCGAGUAGUGAUAAGAUUCCUCAUACUUACCAAGGCGUUGUUUUAAUGUGGAAAAAGGUUCUCUAUGCCGAGACUGAGGAAGCGUUUGAGCAGGCAUGGAGAGAUCUUUGUAAAGAGUUCGACGACCAACGAGCGAUCUUACAAUACCUCUACUCGACUUAUAUGCCUGUUAGUGCUCAAUGGGCACGUUGCUUUAUCCGUCGUUAUCGUAACUUCGGAAUCCGAGUUACGUCCGGCACAGAAGCAAGCAACAAUAAUAUCAAAAGCUAUCUAUUAAAUGGCAUGAGCCACCUCUACCGACUCGUCGAGGCAAUGCAGGAUAUGAUACAUGACCAAGAACGUGCCUUUAAGGAUGCCUGUGGACAGGAUGAUGUCCUGACUGCUCCACAAUACCUAGGUUCGAUGGGAAACUAUCUUGGUGAACUACGAACAACCAUGUCAUCGAAAGGACUUGGGUUAAUCAACAAGCAAUACUGUAUUGCUCGCAAAUUUCUGCCGACGGGGAAGAAUCCCUUCCCCGACUCUAUUGGACUUUGCGACGACGACUCCGAUCUGAUAAUCAACCAAGUGGGCGACGAGGUCGACCGCCAGGAAGUCUCAAUAAGCCAACUCUUGCUAGGAGAGUGCAUAAAGCUACUCGAGAAACCAUCACACAAACUGGUGGCCAAAUUGGCAUCUCAGCCCAGCAAGGGCCAGGUAGACCUUCUAAAGUCCUAA